CAAAAGUUGGUUGUGACUUUGUGAGUUGUGACCUCUAAAGAAAGCUAAAAAAAAGUUUCCAACUUAUCGUCGAAGGGCUCGCGUAGUCGUUACUGUUCUCGUUUCCUAGAGUUCUAUCUAUCUGCCCCAGAUACAAAGAUCCUCAAGAUCCAUGCUAGAAAAUACAAAGAAGGCCAAUGAAUACAUCUAGGGAGGCCAGCAKGCUUUUCAACGGGUUUUCUUUAAUCGCAAGAGAACUGCUGAAACGUUCUCAAGUAUUGGAAAUUGCCAGAAUUGGGAAUUUCGAAAGCCUUAUUUCUGCACCUGCCAAGAAAGUCAUUGUCUCUGUCACUGACCUUUCCGGUCUCACCAGAGGCAAAGUUCGCCAAAUUUCUAGUGCAUAUCGCCCCAAGGGCGAUUCUGUUGCUUAUUUUUCUCCUCCAAUUCAAGCGAAUGAUGUUAAUGAUCCGGCAAUCUCUGAUCUAGGGUUUGGCCAAAAUCAGACAUGCAUUUCGGAUUUUUCUGCUCUUUCCGAAAAUAUAGACAAAAAGAAUAACCUGAUAAUCGAAACCGAAUCCGGGGACCUCCCCAACAAUGCCGAUUCUACAGCAAUAAAUGGAUCACGAGUAGGAGAAGCACAGAGUGAGCAAGUGGAAGUAGCCCCAUCUUUCAAACGACGGAAGCCUCGAGAGAGAAGAGUACCCUCCACCCCCUUCUCCAGAGCGCUUGGGUUUGCCGGGCUAGGAGCUAGUCUUGCAUGGGGAACACUGGAGGAAUCAGCCAAGAGGCUUGUUUUUGGCCCAGAAAAUCUGCAAAACCAUUCUUCUGCUCUGUCCCCGUUCUUAUCUGAAAAGAAUGCAGAACGUUUGGCUCUUGCUUUGUGUAGAAUGCGUGGAGCUGCAUUAAAAAUUGGGCAGAUGUUGAGUAUACAGGAUGAAUCUCUUGUACCAGCUCCGAUCUUAGCUGCUCUGGAUAUUGUUCGUCAAGGUGCUGAUGUAAUGCCAAGGAGCCAGCUGAAUCAAGUAUUGAACGUUGAACUAGGUCAAGAUUGGUCUGCGAAGUUGAUUAGUUUUGAUUAUGAACCAAUGGCUGCUGCAAGUAUAGGUCAGGUGCACAAAGCUGUUGCAAAAAAUGGCAUGAAAGUUGCAAUGAAAAUUCAGUACCCUGGAGUUGCGGAUAGCAUUGAAAGUGAUAUUGAUAAUGUGAAACUUUUGUUGGAUUAUACUAAUCUGAUUCCCAAAGGACUUUAUCUCGACAGAGCGAUAAAGGUGGCAAAAGAUGAGUUAUCUCGUGAAUGUGACUAUGAGUUGGAGGCUACCAAUCAGAAACGCUUCCAUGCUCUGUUAUCUAAAUCUCAAGGUUUUUAUGUUCCAUUGGUUGUGGAUGAUCUGUCAAGCAAAAGGGUCUUGACUACAGAACUUAUUUCAGGAAUUCCUAUUGAUAAAGUGGCAUUGUUAGACCAGGAAACUUGUAAUUAUGUUGGGAGAAAGUUGUUGGAACACACUUUACUUGAGUUAUUUGUUUUCCGCUUCAUGCAGACCGACCCCAAUUGGAGUAAUUUUUUGUAUGAUGAAGCCUCAAAAACAAUUAACCUUAUAGACUUUGGAGCAGCUCGAGAUUACCCAAAAAGUUUCGUUGACAACUAUUUAAGAAUGGUUGUUGCAUGUGCAAAUGGAGAUAAAGAUGCAGUAAUUGAAAUGUCAACUAGACUCGGAUUUCUAACAGGAAAGGAAUCAGAGGUGAUGUUGGAUGCUCAUGUUCAAGCGGGUUUCGUUGUGGGAUUGCCAUUCUCAAAGCCUGGUGUCUAUGACUUCCGAGCUUCAAAUAUCGCUCAUAGUAUUUCGAACCUCGGGGCAACAAUGUUGCGGCACAGGCUAACUCCACCCCCUGAUGAAGCCUACAGCCUUCACCGCAAGCUAUCGGGUGCUUUUUUGGCUUGCAUCAAGAUUGGUGCUUCUGUACCUUGUAGGCAACUAUUAUUCGAAAUUUACGAGGAUUAUCAUUUCAGCGAUGAAGAUUGAGGUGUGGAUGAACAUGUGAAUUUCCUAGAGGCAUCUGCUUUUUAUCCUUCCUUCACGAGAUCCGUGUACUUGGUUUCUGAAGUUCCUAGUUUAUUAAUUUUUUACUUUAGAAUUUCAUUCUUGUAACUUCAACUAUGAAUCUUUUACCUAGAAUUUUAAUCUUAUAAUUUCAAAACGCUUUCUUAA